CCUUUAUCCAACGUCUCGCAGCGAUCUCUUCCGAACGCACACUGCUCGUCUCUACGUGACUAGUCACAAAUCGCGAACGCUUUUUGUGGAAAAUUGUUGCAUUUUUGCGUUGUAUUGCGCAAGAACUUUACAUUUUUGGUUUAUAGUAUACGAAAUAGCAGCAGCAGCUAUUUAGCAUUAUUUGGAAGACAUGAUGGGAAGCAAGAAUGCAGGGCUGUGCUGCUAUUCGGCGGCUCUUUUUACCACGGUUGGCCUCACGUCCCUUUGCUGCUUUGGUGCCCAGCCGGUGAGAGCUGCAGCCGCUGCGGGUUCAAAGCAAAUGGAGGAGCGCAGGACUGACAGUAAAUUUAGAUUCUUUCUCCAGAACGGGCGUUUGAAUGAAGAAGAAGCGACAGAAAUUGCUGCUGCUCGGGCGCAAGAGCCGGUGCAAUGGGGAGAGCUGAUGGUCAGUACGUUGUCAGCCAGUGAGCCUUUUGCCGUGGAGGAACACGAGAACUGGCCUAGCUGGCACGUGGCAGACCUAGCCCGCCACCUUCGGAUUCCGCCGGGAAACGUGAAGUUUCUGCCGCGCGGCGCUACAAAGCCCGUGGCCCACUUCCACACACUCGGCGAGGCAGUUGCCGGCACGGGGGACCACCGCCGCCCUUACUCGUUGCAAUUGGUGCGGAUCCAUGGGCCAGAGUACACCUUCCUUCAGGAUGAGUGGGUGCCUGCUUUAGAGCACGCCUGGAAUGGUGGCACCGAAGCGCUUGCACGGUAUCUGAAGAACCAGCUAGAAACCAGCGUGAGGAAGUAUGACGUUCUCAGGCACGCGGACGAAACACUCACCCCACGCGAACGGGACACUGCCAUGGAUGCGGGGGACCAGAAGCUGCCCGCCGUGACCAAAAUUGAAGUUUUCGGGGCCGCAUUGGCGGCCAAUCGUGUGGAUCAGUUUGUGCAAGCGGCGCUGUCUCCAGGAGAUCCUGAUCGACCAGAUUCUUGGGACUCCGCGGAGAGGUGGAAACAGCACUUACACCCUCCGUCCGUCCUCUCCACCACGGGAAGGAGGCGCGUUAGAGACUUUGGGUUUCGGCAACGGAUCUACGGGACGCAGCUCCUGUUUGAGGGAAUAGCGGCCUAUCUCGCUUUGAAAAGUUCUGUCGAACCCCCGGGGCCACCAGCAUCCUCCACCUUUUCUUUGCCGCGCCGACCCCAAGAAAACGUGAUGGCCUCUGGAGGCGAAGGACCACGCCAGGACGUGUUGCCAUGGAACUCAAGCGCCGAGCUACAUCAGGCCUUGUGGCAGCUCGGCGAGCAUUGGCGGGGAAAACAAGAGGCUCUUCUUUUUCGUAACGAAGAUAGUCAUAUGUUUGCAGUCGGGCUCACGGCAGGUUGGCAGCAGUGGCUUGACGAAAUGUGGCGCAGCAAAGGUUGGAAGCGGGAGCUUGAGCUCAACGGCAUAGACAUGGAAACAGACGACCGCUCCCCUUUCAUUCAAAAUCGUCUCCAUCUUGGAAAGAGAAAAUGACGCAGCCCUCGAUUGUGCGUGACAUGCUGUCUGUGGUGAGUGCUGUGCAAAAUCUCGAAAGGCCACUGGUUCUCGACACGGAAUUUGGAACUGAUCCUGCAAAGGAGAAAGAAAGCGUGGCACGAGACGGAGAAAAGGACAUCUUACACUUUGAUGGUUUCCGAGAAGUUUUUUGCAGCAACGAGAACAAGCCGCUCUUUGGCGCAACAACCUUACGAUCUCUUCUGGAAAAGUUCCAGAAACGAAUCAACUCAGCUGGAAGUUUAAUCCGAACGCUCACAUUAGUCCUUCGUUUGGGAACUGGUUCGCACUUGAUGUCACCAAUGACGAGACACAUGUUCAUAUGCACUGUCUUCUCUAUUUUUGCAAAACGCUCUACUUAUUUUUGCGAAAGGGACCGUAGGCAUUUUCGCUCAAGUGAUCGCGUGCGAAGAAACGAAACAAUCACGGAACAGAAAAGCAC